UUAUUUUCACAGCGGUGGCUAGCUGCUGGAGCUAUCACUGAGGCGGCUCGCGUUGUGCAAACUUAAACAGGUUAGGCGCUGAGUUUGAAGAAAGACAAAAAGCUCACACAGGAGGUUUGUGUCCGGUUUGAAAAGAGCUAAACUUUGCGGGGAGAUGUCUAGGAGAAGGCAUAGCGACGAAAAUGAUGGUGGACAGCCUCACAAAAGGAGGAGGACGUCUGAGCCGAUUGAAAUUGAGGAUCGACUGGAAUCACUGAUAUGCAGAGUUGGAGAAAAAAGUACUUCAUCUUUGGAGAGUAAUUUAGAAGGCCUUGCAGGUGUCCUAGAAGCAGAUCUCCCUAAUUACAAAAACAAAAUCCUGCGUAUAUUAUGUGCUGUUGCACGGCUGUUACCAGAGAAGCUAACCGUCUACACAACACUGGUGGGUCUGUUAAAUGCAAGGAACUACAACUUUGGUGGGGAAUUUGUUGAGGCCAUGAUCAGGCAGCUGAAGGAGACGCUGAAGUCAAACCUUUACUCUGAAGCUGUUUACCUGGUGCGUUUCCUAAGUGACUUGGUGAACUGCCAUGUCAUUGCAGCUCCUUCUAUGGUUGCCAUGUUCGAGAACUUUGUCAGUGUUACACAGGAGGAGGACAUACCACAGGUGCGCUCUGACUGGUACGUGUAUGCUGUUCUGUCCUGCAUGCCCUGGGUUGGGAAAGAGCUCUAUGAGAAGAAGGAUGUGGAAAUGGAUCACCUACUAAAUCAGAUUGAUAGCUAUCUGAAGAGGCGGCAGAAGACCCAUGUGGCCAUGCUGCAGGUGUGGACAGCAGAGAAGCCCCAUCCCCAGGAAGAGUAUCUGGACUGUCUGUGGGCUCAGGUGCAGAAGCUGAAGAAGGAUCGCUGGCAGGAGCGUCACAUCCUGAGGCCGUACAUCGCCUUUGACAGUGUGCUGUGUGAGGCUCUGCAGCACAACCUGCCCCCUUUCACUCCUCCAGCUCACUCUGAUGAUGCGGUUUACCCCAUGCCCCGUGUCGUCUUCCGCAUGUUCGACUACACCGAUGCACCUGAGGGCCCUGUCAUGCCUGGCAGUCACUCUGUGGAGAGGUUUGUGAUUGAAGAGAACCUGCACUGCAUCAUCAAAUCUCACUGGAGAGAAAGGAAGACCUGUGCUGCACAGUUGCUGAGCUAUCCUGGCAAAAGCAAGAUUCCUCUAAACUAUCACAUUGUGGAGGUGAUCUUUGGUGAGCUCUUCCAGCUACCCUCUCCUCCCCACAUUGACGUCAUGUACACUGCAUUACUGAUUGAGCUCUGCAAGCUGCAGCCUGGGUCGUUACCUCAAGUUCUUGCACAAGCCACAGAGAUGAUGUACAUGAGACUGGACACCAUGAACACAACAUGCGCAGACCGAUUCAUCAACUGGUUCUCUCAUCAUCUGAGCAAUUUUCAGUUCAGAUGGAGCUGGGACGACUGGGCUGACUGUUUAACAAUGGACCCAGAAAAACCCAAGCCCAAAUUUGUCAGAGAGGUGUUAGAAAAAUGCAUGAGGCUGUCUUACCACCAGCGGAUAGUGGACAUUGUGCCUCCUAGUUUCUCUGCUUUAAUCCCAGCUGAACCACUGUUUCAUUAUAAAUAUGGUGAUGAGAGCAGCAGUUCCUUGCCUGGAUUUGUUGUGGCAACAAGUGUAGAAAAUGCCAUCAAAAACCGUGCCUCAAAUGAGGAGAUCCUCACUGUGCUGAAAGAGGUGCCCAAUCCUAAUCAGGACGAAGAUGAUGAUGAAGGUGAUGGUUUCAACCCACUGAAAAUAGAUGUGUUCCUGCAGACACUGCUCCAUAUGGCUGCAAAGUCCUUCAGUCACUCAUUCAGUGCCCUUGCAAAGUUCCAUGAAGUGCUGAAGACUCUAACAGAGAGUGAUGAAGGGAAGCUGCACAUUCUUAGGGUGGUGUAUGAGGCAUGGAAGAAUCACCCACAGAUGAUCUCGGUGCUGGUGGAUAAGAUGAUACGUACUCAAAUAGUCGACUGUGCUGCUGUGGCCAACUGGAUCUUUUCUCCUGACAUGGCACAUGAUUUCACCAGGCUUUAUGUGUGGGAGAUUCUUCAUUCCACCAUCAGGAAAAUGAACAAACAUGUCCAGAAGAUCCAGAAGGAGCUGGAGGAGGCCAAGGACAAGCUGGAAAAACAGCAGCACAAGAAGCAAAAAGACAGUGGUGAUGAAGAGGACAUGGAGAAGAACAGUGAGGAUGAAGAUGGUCAGCUGGAGGAGCAAAUCGAAAGGCUGCAGGAGAAAGUAGAGUCGGCGCAGAGCGAACAGAAGAACCUUUUCCUCGUCAUUUUCCAGCGUUUCAUCAUGAUGCUGACGGAGCACUUGGUGCGCUGUGAGACAGGCAGCGUGGACAUCAACACCUGCUGGUAUAAGAACUGCGUCGAGCGGCUGCAACAAAUCUUCCUCAUGCAUCAUGUGACCAUCCAGCAGUACAUGGGCACCUUGGAGAACCUGCUGUUCACUGCUGAGCUGGAUCACCACAUCCUGGCUGUGUACCAGCAGUUCUGUGCCCUGCAGCUUUGAUCAUGCCACAGAACCCAUGGCACUAAACCCAAGCCCACAACCACCCAGUUCAAACUUUCAAUCUUGGCUUGUAUGUUGUGUGGCUUACUAGCUACAUCCAACAAGUAAGUUGAGCUUUUAAGAUGGGAAUCAUUUUGUUUAUUCUCAAGUAGAGUUAAUGGCUCUUAACUAUUUGUGUAGCACAUUUGUUUGGUUUUUCUUUUUCUUUCUCUCUUUUUUUUUUUUUUUUUUUUUAAGUCCAAAUCUUUUUCAGUUUUUACACCUGGAUCAUAGUUCUGUAUUAGCUAGGAACAAGUCUUUUAAAACCUGAGGUUAAGUGGGCAGAAGUAGGAUUUUAGUGUACUUCUGGCCAGACUGAAGAAAAGCUGUCUGCAGUUUUAUAUAUUUAAUGUCAUUUUGAUCUGGAUGUGAUUAAAAUGAGUUGUGAGUCUGUGCCUGCAUUGACUAAGUGCUUCUGUCACUGUAAUGGAUUUUUGAACUGUAAAGAAAUACAUGGAACCGUCUUCCUUCCUUUUUUUUUUUUCUUUUUCUUUUUUUUUUUUUUAAGAAAACAAAGUGUGUCUUCUUUUAUUCAUUGAAAACUCUCAGGCUGUUAUUUGAUGUAAAACAUAUGACACAUGUGAGGAGGUCCAUGAAGCAUAGCCAUGGGGGGGUUGGGAAUUUUUUUUUUUUUUUUUUUUUUUUUUUUUAAAUAAAUUAGUUACGACUGACCAUUACCAAAGUUUUUAUUUACUUAGGUUUUUAUAGUUAUUAGUCUGUUUGACUGGUUACUUGAAUGAGUUUAAUUCAGACUUCUUCAGUUACUCUAACAAUUAGCCUAUGAACGAUUGCAGUUUGGAUCUAAUGUGUUCUGUUGGUGGAAAGUUAAAAUGGUCUAGAAAGUAGGAUAGAUAGCUCUAUUUCUAAUAAACAGACCAUUGUCAUUACUGCAA